GGCUAUCAGAGGCGCAGACAAUCUUCUGACAUAACUGAAAAAGAUGCCGGACUUUUGUGCCGCUUAUGCAUGUUCCAAUGAGCGGAGCAUAGAAACCAGAUCCCGUGGAAUCACCUUUCACAGGUUUCCCAAAGACAGUAGUCUAAAGAGAGAAUGGGAACUAGCAGUGAGACGGAAAUGUUUUGUGGCAACUGGGAGGUCCAUGCUCUGCAGUGAGCACUUUAAGGCAGAUGAUUUUGACAGGACAGGGCAGACUGUCCGUCUUAGACAUGGAGUCAAACCAUCUGUCUUUAACUUCCCAUCUCGUCCAAAAAAGAAAGUACCACCAAGGACCACAGAAGCCUCGAGGAAAGCUGAAGAGAGCCUGCCAGUGGACUUGCCUCGGCAUUUCCAUGAAGCUGAACCUCAGUCUAAUGUUGACCACAGUUAUGCUUUGCCUGCUUCUCCCACUGCUCUAAAGGCCAGACUUAGUGAAGCUCUGGCUAGAGUGGAGAGUCUGGAGCGCGAGAAUAGGAACAGCAUGAUCCGGGAGCGAAGGGCUAAGAAAAAUGUGGAUGCUCUUCUUGAGGAUUUGAGGGAGAAGAACCUCAUAAAUGAAGAGCUGAAAGACAGACUGGAAUUCUAUUCAGAUCUUUGGGUAGACCUCUUGGCCAAAAAGGGCCAUGAGUAUACCAGAGAGCAGAGGGAAUUUGCCCUCACGCUACACUUUCAUGGUCUGAAGGCAUAUAGUUACCUGAGAGAGUCUCAACAUCUUCCUCUCCCGCAUCCCCAUACAUUGCAACGGUGGCUGACUUCGGUCACUGCUAAGCCUGGCCUAAAUAAGAUGAUGCUGGACAUGCUGGGAAGAAGAUGCGAGGAAGACCAUGCCAUGGCCAUAAAAAACAUGUGCAAUACAAUCCCCAAACUCAAACAAUGUCAGGGAGCACAAGUCAAGUCAAAGAAAUCUUCUAUUGGUUUUAUGCAGGUUGUCAAACUAUUUAAUGGUGCAUUAGCGCCACCUACUUACGUCUGCAGAAACCUGUAG